UCAGCUGGAAUCAUUUCACUCCUGGAUGAGGAGGAGCCCCAGCUCAAGGUAAGAAUACACCAGUGGUCACCAAUCCUGGACCUACAGUAUACCAAAAUCCUGUUAGAUUAACAUUUAAAGAUCAUGGUCUAACGUUGGGAUUGUUUUGCUUAUAGGAGUUUGCUCUGCACAAGCUGAACUCCAUUGUCAAUGACUUCUGGGCUGAGAUAUCAGGAUCUGUUGACAAAAUGUAAGUUUUUAGAUAAGGAAAUAAAGCACAAAAUUGUCAGUUUUAUUGUUUUAUUGGAAGGGGAAAAAUGACAAGUGACAAGUGAAAGUUUUUCAUGUUAAAUGGCUUUAUUUCUAAAUGGCGUCUCUCCUCACAGCGAGGUCCUGUAUGAAGAUGAGACAUUUCGGAGCAGGGCGUUUGCUGCCUUGGUGGCUUCUAAAGUGUUCUACCACCUUGGGGCGUUUGAUGAGUCUUUGAACUACGCUCUGGGUGCAGGAGACCUUUUCAAUGUCACAGACGACUCUGAGUAUGUGGAGACCAUUAUCGGUGAGUGACGUCACAACUGCAUGUUCUGGUGUCCCCAAGUACACAAUCUUGAUAAUGACCUCCUGCUGAUCUUUAGGCUUCCCUUUUGUUACAUUACACAUAGUCACCUCAGUAACGUUCAAUUGAUGUAUACCCACUGACCAGCGUUGCUAAUUCAGAUAUCAACCCACUGAUACCACAAAUCACAGCACUUGAUUAUUCCUCAGUGGUAUAAAGCAGUUCUUUGAUGACCUUGGUCUCUCCCUCAGCCAAAUGCAUCGACCACUACACCAAGCAACGCGUGGAGAACGCUGAGCUUCCCGAGGAUGAGGAGAAGAAGAGCAUCGACCCCCGGCUGGAGGGCAUCGUCAACAAGAUGUUCCUGCGGUGCCUGGGCGACCACAAGUACAAGCAGGCCAUCGGCAUUGCCCUGGAGACGCGGCGCCUGGACAUCUUUGAGAAGACCAUCCUCGAAUCGGUCAGUGGUUCCCGUGGUCUUCUUCUGAACCAAUUCUGUUUUGGUUCCACAAAUGUAUGUUUAAUUUGACUACUUCAUGUAAUCAAAAAUUAUUCGCUUCAUGAAAAUCCACAGAUCCAUGUCUUUUUGGUUUAACCUACAUUUGAAUGGAAUGUUUUUGUUGUGGUGUAAAACUUUUUUUCCAAUAACAAAUUGCAACAUUUUAUGUUGAAAUUCUAACCCUCUUCCUUCUUCUCGUCUUGUACAGAACGACGUUAGUGGCCUACUGGCCUACAGCUUGAAGGUCUGUAUGUCACUGAUGCAGAACAAGAAGUUCCGCAACGAGGUCCUCCGAGUGCUGGUCAAGCUCUAUAUGAAUCUGGAGAAGCCUGACUUCAUCAACGUUUGCCAGGUAACAGGAAGAAAGGACACUUCAAUUUGGGCUCCGAUUUUUGUUAAUAAUAUCCAUUCAGCUUCCCACAGUUUGAUGGUUGGAUGGUUCUCCGAUUUCACCAUCUGAAACUGUAGCAUCUUGACCCAGUGGAAUUAGACAGUCAGUCAAUGGCAAAUUACUUUGAAAAUAAACAUUGUCACAUGCACACCUUAUUGUUAGGGGGGUAGGUGAGAAACUACAUGAGGAAAAGAGAAGACAAACACAAUAUUGUUCAUAAACCACCUUUAUUUGUAGCAAUGUUUUGGUCUGAGGUGUCUUCAUCAGGACAAACAGGUUGCAUGUGCCCAUACUCACGUGUUGCCAGCAGAAUCAGUCGCUUUGAGGCUGACUAGAGAUUACCGGUCUUCAUUCCCCCCCACCUAAAUCUCUUUUAGUUUUAGUUACUGCAUUUUAGCUUUUAGCUUCAAAUGUGUACAAUAUCAAAUAAAUACACCUUACUAAUACAAGGAAGUAACCACGUGACCACCAUGCAUCACACUCAAACUUUGUCUCUUUCUCUCCUCCACAGUGCCUGAUCUUCCUGGACGACCCACAGGCGGUGAGUGACAUCCUAGAGAAGCUGGUGAAGGAAGACAACCUGCUGAUGGCCUAUCAGAUCUGCUUCGACCUGUACGAGAGCGCCAGCCAGCAGUUCCUCUCCUCCGUCAUCCAGAACCUGCGCACCGUGGGCACGCCCAUCCCUGCCGUGCCCGGCUCCACCAACACGGGCACCGUGCCCAACCUGGACAAAGACAGGUGGGCGAUGCGGAGGGUACAGUCUCAGGGUGUGAGGGGUAGGGAAAGGAAAGAGAAAGGGGUUAAGGAAAGAUCUAGGGAGCACGGAAAAUGGGUAGAAAAUGUAGUAAGAUGUGUUAAAAUUGCACUUCGGUGUAGGGGGAAUAUCUUGACAUAUCACAGGUAAUUUACUGUGAAACUAAGUUGAUUUAACCAAGAUGUUUAGCCAAUCAGGAUUGUAUUUUUUAUCUUUAAGUUGCAUGGAAUGAUAAUAUUUUCUCCUUUGUCUCAGUGAUGCUAUGGAGACGGACGAUAAGGCCGGCAGCUCCCCUGCAGGGAAAGCAGCAGACGUGAGUACAAAAGACCCCCUGUUACCCCCACCUCUACUUGAUGGUUCUCUUUGGUUGUGGAGAGCUGUUUGCUAUUUUAAAUGGUUGUUGUCACCCAAAAUAAUUGAUCAGCCCUGCCUCUACUUGCAUAGAACGAUGAGCCGAAGGACCAGAAUGCAAAGAUGAUAAAAAUUCUCAGCGGAGAAAUGGCCAUCGAAUUGCAUCUGCAGUUCCUCAUCCGGAACAACAACACAGACCUAAUGAUUCUCAAGAACACAAAGGUAAAGGAUGCCAGUAUGAGUAUUAGACAUACAGUACCAGUAGUGAAGACAUCAAAACUAUGAAAUAACACAUAUGGAAUCAUGUAGGAACCAAAAAAGUGUUAAACAAAUCAAAAUAUAUUUUAGGUUUUAGAUUCUUCAAAGUCGCCACCCUUUGCCUUGAUGACAGCUUUGCACACUCUUGGCAUUCUCUCAACCAGCUUCAUGAGGAAGGCUUUUCCAACAGUCUUGAAGGUGUUCCCACAUAUGCUGAGCACUUGUUGGCUGCUUUUCCUUCACUCUGCGGUCCAACUUAUCCCAAACUAUCUCAAUUGGGUUGAGGUCGGGUGAUAAAUGUAAAUGUAAUUGUGGAGGCCAGGUCAUUGAUGCAGCACCAUCACUCUCCUUCUUGGUCAAAUAGCCCUUACACAGCCUGGAGGUGUGUUUUGGGUCAUUAUCCUGUUGAAAAACAAAUGAUAGUCUCACUAAGCGCAAACCAGAUGGGAUGGCAUAUCGCUGCAGAAUGACUAUGAAGGCCUGAUUGACACGGUCUCCUCUGAACAGUUGAUGUUGAGAUGUCUGUGACUUGAACUCUGUGAAGCAUUUAUUUGGCUGCAAUUUCUGAGGCUGGUAACUCUAAUGAACUUAUCCUCUGCAGCAGAGGUAACUCUGGGUCUUCCUUUCCUGUGGCGGUCCUCAUGAGAGCCAGUUUCACCACAGCGCUUGAUGGUUUUUCCGGAUUGACUGAACUUCAUGUCUUAAAGUAAUGAUGGACUGUCAUUUCUCUUUGCUUAUUUGAUCUGUUCUUGCCAUAAUAUGGACUUGUCCUUUUACCAAAUAGGGCUAUCUUCUGUAUACCACCCCUACCUUGUCACAACACAACUGAUUGGCUCAUACGCAUUAAGAAGGAAAGAAAUUCCACAAAUUAACUUUUAACAAGCACACCUGUUAAUUGAAAUGCAUUCCAGGUGACUACCUCAUGAAGCUGGUUGAGAGAAUGCCAAAAGUGUGCAAAGCUGUCAUCAAGGCAAAGGGUGGCUACUUUGAAGAAUCUCAAAUAUAAAAUAUAUUUUAAUUUGUUUAACACUUUUUUUUUGUGACUACAUGAUUCCAUAUGUGUUAUUUCAUAGUUAUGUCUUCACUAUUAUUCUACAAUGUAGAAAAUAGUAAAAAAUAAAGAAUAACCCUUGAAUGAGUAGGUGUCCAAACUUUUUGGUACUGUAUAUAUUGGAUUUAAAAUACUACAAGUUUUGUUGCUUCGUCUACCUAUUCCAGGAUGCAGUCCGAAAUUCAGUGUGCCACACAGCCACGGUCAUAGCCAAUUCCUUCAUGCAUACGGGGACCACAAGUGACCAGUUCCUCAGGUAUAGCCACUAUGCUAUAACAUCAACAGCUAUAACAUAAACAAAUGGAGACUAUCACCUUCUGUUUUGCCAGCACACUUCAUAACUCUCCAGAAAAUUCGUAUUUGUAGUAUAGCUUUACAUUUCUCUUCCAUUGUGAAGGUGGUAGUGGGGUACAUUUACCUAGUAGUGUGAGGACAUAAAGGGACAACGCUGUGUUUUAAUGUGUGAUGUGAUUUUAUUCAUUCUUUUAACAGAGAGAACUUGGAGUGGCUUGCAAGAGCCACCAACUGGGCGAAGUUCACAGCCACAGCCAGUCUUGGUGUCAUUCACAAGGUAAACCUUUGCUGAAACAAUUUAAAACCUAAAUGGAUAUCUGAGAAUUAUUUUGGUAUUCAGAUUUUUAUGUAAAGAACCACAUUUCACCCACCUCUCUGCAUCUUUUCAGGGCCACGAGAAAGAGGCGCUGCAGUUGAUGGCCACCUAUCUGCCAAAAGACACCUCCCCUGGAUCGGCCUACCAGGAGGGAGGCGGCCUGUACGCCCUCGGGCUGAUCCACGCCAACCACGGGGGGGACAUUAUCGACUACCUGCUCAGCCAGCUCAAGAACGCCAGCAACGACGUGAGUGGCAACAAGCAGACGCGUCACAUUUACCGUGCCCAAUUCCAAAUCAACCGAUAGCCCCACUACCCCUUUGAUCACUUAGAUUUGAUCUGAUGUGUUUGUGUGUGUAAGCAGUAUGGAGAUAAUUCCACAAAGCCCAUCAGAGGGACAUCAUGUCACAUUUGAGUUGAAUACAAAGUUGUCUUCGUGUCUGUGACGGCCAUUUUGUUUGGUUUGCUUCAUUUCCUCCCACAGAUUGUCCGUCACGGUGGAGGUCUAGGCCUGGGAUUGGCUGCCUUGGGUACGGCCAGGCAGGAUGUGUACGACCUGCUCAAGUCUAACCUGUACCAGGACGAUGCAGUCACAGGUACAUGAACCUGAACAGACAAUAGGGCAUUCAGUGCUAUUCAAGUUUAAAUGUAGCCAACUAGCAUUUCUCUGGAGCCCUUAUAGAGUGUAACAUGGGAUGUCAAAUCCCCAUCGGUAGUGAAUUCAGAAAAACAUUUUGAUAAUAGAUCAAUGAUACUAGCAAAAUAAAUUAUCAACACGGUGCUCCUAUCAAAAAAUGCACCGUGUUGUUCUAUUGUAUAUCCUAUAGGAGCACCGUGUUGUUCUAUAUGUAGAGGGCAGAGAUCAUUGAGGCGCUGUCUGCAUUUUUCAUGCUGGGUGCAGGCGGGUAGACAGACAACUUUGGGAUGAAAAUGUGGAAACGGUCGUUUUUCUGUUUUGGAUGUGUUAUAUAUAUAGUUGAUUAAAAGCACCUUUUUGUCGCACUAUUCACACACACUCAUAAUUCGCUGCGUCAAGUUCAGUAGCCUAUACCUCUCCUAGUUGGGCGUGCGAGAUCAUGUGCGCCUAUAGGCUAUAUGUGUGGUCUCAAUUAAAUGUAUGGGCGGAGACGCACGGCACAGUUAUCUUUCCAAGGAAAUUAACUUUAAUACGAUUAGGCUACAGUUUACUACAGUGUCUUGAAAUAAAUAUUGCUAAUAGAAAGAAGUGGAGGGCGCUCAACCAAUGUGAGUCGAGGUGCAACGUUGCGUUUUUUAAAAUAAAUAGGCUAUUGAUAACCUAUUUAUUUGUCUCUGCCUGCAAAUCGUCCUGCGCCUAAAAGGCCAUACUUUUUUUGGUAUAUAUUUUUUGUAACCCUUUUUCUCCCCAAUUUCGUGAUAUCGAAUUGGUAGUUAGUCUUGUCCCAUCGCUGCAACUCCCCUACGGACUCGGGAGAGGCGAUGGUCGAGAGCCAUGCAUCCUCCGAAACACGACUCUGCCAAGCCGCACUGCUUCUUAAAACACUGCUCGCUUAACCUGUAAGCCAGCCGCACCAAUGUGUCGGAGGAAACACCGUCCAGCUGGCGACCGAAGUCAGCUUGCAGGCGCCCGGCAAGCCACAAGGAGUCGCUAGAGCGCGAUGGGACAUGGAAAUCCCGGCCGGCCAAACCCUCUCCUAACCUGGACGACGCUAGGCCAAUUGUGCGCUGCCUCAUGGGUCCCCCGGUCACGGCCGGCUAUGACAGAGCCUGGGAUCAAACCCGGGUCUGUAGUGACGCUUCUAGCACUGCGCUGCAGUGCCUUAGACCGCUGCACCACUCGGGAGGCCAGGCCAGGGGUGUUCAACUCUUAACCAGCAGGCUGCGGACCUCGUAGGGUUUCUCUUCUACCUGAUAAUUAAUUGCACCCACCUGGUGUCCCAGGUAUAAGUCAGACCGUAAUUAGAGGGGAACAAUGAAAAAACGCAGUGGAACUGGCUUCGAGGUCAAGAGUUUAGUUUGAAGGCUAUAGGCUGGCUAUGUAAAACGUAAGAGAAAGUUUCCUCUCAUCAUUCUUGCUGCCUUAAGUUCAGUAGCCUUCCUCUCCUCUCCUAGUUGGGCAUGCGAGAUCAGGUGCACAUGUGGUCUCUAUUAAAGGAAUAAUCUAUCCCCAGAAAUAAAAAUCAUGAAACUCCUAUAAAUUUGGUAAAAGCCUAUGUUCUAUCAGUGGGUAAAAUACAAAUGUAACUUCUAAGUGGUCCAUCUGUAAAAUCAGGAAAUCGGGUAGGAACUUAGCUUAGAUGUGCUCAAUCUGAACGGUGUACCAAAUUAUUCAACUCAGUUUCUCCAAGUACCAUCUCGCAAUGCGCCCUGUGUGUCUGUGGGAAAGGGCCGUUGUUGCCAUAGCAAUGUACUCUGCACUCGCUCUGGGCAGAGAGGAACUGCAAGCUGAACUCUGAGAUGGACUCCUAAAUUGAUAGUACAGCUUGUUUAGGCAAUUUUACAGCUAGCUACUUCACAUGCUGAUAUUGACUUUGGUAUUAUUGUGUAGAGGGAUUUUUCUGCCAUUUUAAUCCUCGUGUCGCCUUUUAUUUUGUUUAAAUACAUUUUCGGGAUGGAAAACACUAAGUGUAAACUUAAACGACUAAAACCAGAUAUAAUGUAUGUAGAAAAGAUAAUGGACUUAUGUUUUUAAAUAAUAUAAUCUUUGAGAACUAAGAAUCACCAAUAUAAAAGCUAGACAGGGAGAAUUGACAAUUCCAAAAACAAUGAAUUUAGCAGUAUUUUGUUAUGUGUGAGCAAAAUAACACAUUAUUCAUGGUAAAAUGAAUAGAAUUGCAGGAAAUUAGCUUUAAAACUGCGACAUGUUCUCUCAGCAUGGACAAAUGUGUAGAAUUGCAGGAAACUUGCUUUAAAACCGGGAAAAAAUAAAAUAACUCAGCUCCAUGGAGAAAUGCAAAAAUGUCUCUACAGCGGCAAGAUGCGGGCCUCUAAAUGUUCUCUAAAAUAUAACCGCACUCAUUACCAAGCCUCCUACCACGCUCACCACCUAACCCCUUUUUUGAUCCAGAAAAACCCCUGGUGUGUAUCUACAGUUGAAGUUUGAAGUUUACAUACGCUUAGGUUGGAGUCAUUAAAACUCGUUUUUCAACCACUCCACAAAUUUCUUGUUAACAAAAUAUAGUUUUGGCAAGUCGGUUAGGAUAUCUACUUUGUGCAUGACACAAGUAAUUUUUCCAACAAUUGUUUAAAGACAGAUUAUUUCACUUAUAAUUCACUGUAUCACAAUUCCAGUGGGUCAGAAGUUUACAUACACUAAGUUGACUGUGCCUUUUAAACAAAUGUCAUGGCUUUAGAAGCUUCUGAUAGGCUAAUUGACAUAAUUUGAGUCAAUUGGAGGUAUACCUGUGGAUGUAUUUCAAGGCCUACCUUCAAACUCAGUGCCUCUUUGCUUGACAUCAUGGGAAAAUCGAAAGAAAUCAGCCAAGACCUCAGAAAAAAAAUGGGAGACCUCCACAAGUCUGGUUCAUCCUUGGGAGCGAUUUCCAAACGCCUGAAGGUACCACGUUCAUCUGUACAAACAAUAGUACGCAAGUAUAAACACCAUGGGACCACGCAGCCGUCAUACCGCUCAGGAAGGAGACGCGUUCUGUCUCCUAGAGAUGAACGUACUUUGGUGCGAUAAAUGCAAAUCAAUCCCAGAACAACAGCAAAGGACCUUGUGAAGAUGCUGAAGGAAACAGGUACAAAAGUAUCUAUAUCCACAGUAAAACGAGUCCUAUAGCGACAUAACCUGAAAGGCCGCUCAGCAAGGAAGAAGCCACUGCUCCAAAACCGCCAUAAAAAAGCCAGACUACGGUUUGCAACUGCACAUGUGGACAAAUAUCGUACUUUUCGGAGAAAUGUCCUCUGGUUUGAUGAAACAAAAAUAGAACUGUUUGGCCAUAAUGACCAUCGUUAUGUUUGGAGGAAAAAGGGGGUGGAUUGCAAGCCGAAGAACACCAUCCGUUCCGUGAAGCACGGGGGUGGCAGCAUCAUGCUGUGGGGGUGCUUUGCUGCAGGAGGGACUGGUGCACUUCACAAAAUAGAUGGCAUCAUGAGGAAGGAAAAUUAUGUGGAUAUAUUGAAGCAACAUGUCAAGACAUCAGUCAGGAAGUUAAAGCUUGGUCGAAAAUUGGUCUUCCAAAUGGACAAUGACCCCAAGCAUACUUCCAAAGUUGUGGCAAAAUGGCUUAAGGACAACAGUCAAGGUAUUGGAGUGGCCAUCACAAAGCCCUGACCUCAAUCCUAUAGAAGAUUUGUGGGCAGAACUGAAAAAGCGUGUGCGAGCAAGGAGGCCUACAAACUUGACUCAGUUACACCAGCUCUGUCAAGAGGAAUUCACCCAACUUAUUGUGGGAAGCUUGUGGAAGGCUACCCAAAACGUUUGUCCCAAGUUAAACAAUUUAAAGGCAAUGCUACCAAAUACUAAUUGAGUGUAUGUAAACUUCUGACCCACUGGGAAUGUGAUGAAAUAAAUAAAAGCUGAAAUAAAUCAUUUUCUCUACUAUUAUUCUGACAUUUCACGUUCUUAAAAUAAAGUGGUGAUCCUAACUGACCUAAAACGGGGAAUUUUUACUAGGAUUAAAUGUCAGGAAUUGUGAAAAACUGAGUUUAAAUGUAUUUGGCUAAGGUGUAUGUAAACUUCCGACUUCAACUGUAUAUGGGAAUAUUCUGCCCACCUGUAACACACACUACCAUAAUAACUUCAGAAUAAAAAAGCAGGUCAAACGGGAUCAAAGGUAGACUUCUAUUAUGAAUCACAAUCAGAAAAGCCAGACAUGAAAAGAUUAGUGUGUCAAGGUGAGAGCUGGCUGUUCAGCAAUUAUAGGACAACCUGAAAACCCUGCGAGACUAUACUUACAGAAUACAGAGAGAUAAUAUGAGUGAAAACCACUGGGUCGUUAUUUGGCUGAGGUGUAUGUAAACUUCCGACUUCAACUGUACGUUUGCUAGCUAGCCAGCUAGCCAGCCAGCCUCGAGAGAGCAUUGCAUUGUGGGUUUUGAAGUUUACUUUAGCGGCAACAGAAUUCCACAAUGAUUUUCACAUGUUGCUACCAACCUUUUAUAAGGACAAAAAAUGAAACAAAUGUAGUUUUUGGGCCCUGUGUAGUGUGAUAGAGCAUGGCGCUUGCAAUGCCAGGGUUGUGGGUUCGAUUCCCACGGGGGCCAGUAUGAUUUUUUUUGAUGUAUGCUAAAUGACUAAAAUGUAAAUGUAAAAUGUAGCAAAGUGAAAAAAAAAUGUUUUUCACAUAUUAGUGUUAAUUUUAGUGUAAGUUUUUAAUACUGUUAAUCCUAGGAAUUAGGGAUGGGGGUUUGAAAUAAUUUCACUAUUCGAAUAGUAUAAUGAAUUUUUGUUGGAUAUCCGGAUAUUCAAAAUAAAUGUGUAUUUUUAAAUGUGCGUUUUUAACCUGAGCACUGCUGCGUGAGGAAGAGGCAGGCGUUCUAUUGCUGCAGAGGUGCUGGUGAGAUGGGGGCGAGCAGACGGAGGCAGAGAGAGGGACUACUCGGCUACAGCCAAGACUAGCUAACUUGUAUCAGCCACAAUGUUAUUCAUCAUCCCAUAUAACAGUGCGUGUAUUGACUGGAGUAGCCUAGAAAAGAUAACGCUAGCUAAGCCCAGUCAGAUAAAAUGGCCUACCUGAACUCUCACUACACUUGCUACACAUUAAGCCUCUUUGCCGCUUUCAUUUGCCAACAUGAACAACAAGCUACACACGGGACAUCUACUGGUCUUUUUAUGGGGAGCAUGUCAUGAAAACUAAAUUGAAAAUAUUGUUUUAUUAAAUUAAUAAUUUGAAAUGUCAUGGUAUAUCCUUGUAUGUAACAAUGUCACAUGGAUAUUUUAAUUGAUAAAAAGCUCUUUCAGUGUUAAAAUAGGCCUAUACGUUUUCUUUGUGCAAAAAUGAAGACUAAAUAGCGUAAGCUAUAUGCAUGGCUGGGGAAGCACGUGGCAGUUGUCUUUCCAAGGAAAUUAACUUCAUAAUUAUGAUUUAAUCUAUAGUUUAGGUCUACUACAUGGUCUGGAAAUAAACAUUGAUCCCGCUCCUGUUAAAGGAACAAUCCAUCCCAAACCACGUAUUCCUUUUAAUUUACACUGUGAGAACAAUAUGUUUUGUGAACAAAUGUUUCAUUUUGGCGUUUUAUAAUAAGGUUGGUAGCAACAUGGAAAAUCGUUGUGGAAAUCUGUUGCAGCUCAAGUCGACUCCAAAAUCUACAAUGCAAUGCUUUCUGUAUGGGCUGGCUAGCAAACGUAGCUACACACAAUAAUACCAAAGACAAUAUCUGCAUGUAACAUAGCUAGUUGGCUGUAAAAUCGCCUAAACAAACUGCACUAUCAAUUUAGGAUUUUACAAUCUCACCAUGUUCAACCUGCAGAUCGAUGUGCCUCACAGAGUGGAGUCUAACAUUCGCAACAGCAGAUAUACUUUUGAGGAGAUGGGGAUAUGUUGCCCAUGCUACGUCAAUUGGCCGUGCGGUGGAUUCUGGGACAAGUAGCGCUCUCCUUCAAGGAUUGAAAGGGAGUCUAUUGGGCGCUAGCUCAAAAACCCAACAUAAGCACGAAUUUCGUCAACAAGAACUACAACAUUACAAAUAUUUUCAGAGAUGUGAGAUAAUUAACUUGCAGUCUGUAGUAUCGUAUAGCUUUGGAAUCGUGACAUUACGUACUUUCGAGGAAAAUAUGCACGUUUUGAGAAGGGAUUGUGUGACGAUUAGCUUAGCAACCGCGUGACGCAGCAUGACAACGUGAAUGCGAUUGGUCGACAGUCUGCUGGGUGGGGCGUUAUACAUUCCUUCAAUCAUUGGAUUCCUAUCUUCUUUCUAUAAUAUCUCUGGCAACGGCACCAUGCAAUGCACCCUGGACUAAAUGUGCUAGACCCUCCGUUAAAUUACACAUUUCUCGAGGUAGGAAUAUCGCAAAAAUAUAAUCAAUGGCUCAUUUGAGAGAAGACAUCGGCCAGUAUUGAAAUCUGACAUGUAUGAAUGAUGUUUUCGCGAUCUAAAAGUCGUAUUCCUAUUAACUUCCAGUGUAGUGAGUGACUUUAUCACGGUGCUACGUCAUACUGGCCGGAUUUCUGCCUGCUUGAACGCCAAUAACUCAAAUACACAUGAAAACAUGAAAUGACCCAGGGAAUCGAUAGAACAUCACUCAGAUGCACUAAAACAAUAUAACAUUAAAAAUGGGUGAACCUUUCCUUUAAGGUAGGCUAGAUUAUGCAAAACGUAGCUCAAGUAAAAGUGCAAGUGUCCGUUCUUGCUCCAACUAUGGCUCUCUUUCAAACUAUGUCUAGCCUAUUGGCUGAUAUAGCCCAGUAAUACCGAUAGCCACGUGAGAAUCGCUGGUAAUUUAACCUAGUUCUUGGUUAUUUUUGCGCAUUUUGGUAUUGCCAAUAGGGUGCAAAAAUUGCUGGGACCAUGGCUGCCAAGCAAGCUGCGUCACAUAACGUUACGCCUAAAAUAACAUUUGCAGGACUGCGGUCGGGUUCUUGCGGGUGGGAGUCGGACAAAAAGCCAGUGGGAGCGGGCGGGUGGGGUAUCAAAAGCUGUGGGAGUGGGAUAAAGAAAUCAGUCCUUCGCAGACCUCUACCAUCAUGUGGUGCUCAUGUCUUUGUCUGCCCUCUGUUCCCAGGCGAGGCUGCGGGGCUGGCCCUGGGGCUGGUCAUGCUGGGCUCCAAGUCGGCACAGGCCAUCGAGGACAUGGUGGGCUACGCCCAGGAGACGCAGCACGAGAAGAUCCUGCGCGGCCUGGCCGUUGGAAUCGCCAUGGUCAUGUAUGGACGCAUGGAGGAGGCAGACACACUCAUCGAGAGCCUCUGCAGGGACAAGGUAACAGUCGGACUUGGCACACAUUCACACGCACACUUCUUCCAUUAUGCCUGGUGAUGAUGGGUAUAUGGCUUCUUAGCACUUUGCAUUGGAAUGGGAGAAACUCGCCUCAUCCGCUACCACCAUAUUUAUUCACAUUUAUUCCUUGGCUAUGCAUCCAUGACAGUUAACCCUUUUACCUAUUGUUGCCAAAUGUGGUUGCUUUUGCUUUUUUCCAGCCUGUAUUCAUCUCCGUUUCAAUUUACUGUGACAAUGAAUACCUGUCUUGAACUGUAGUAUAAAAGUUACAUACAGUACCCAUACUUUGGUCAAGGAAUUCCUUAAAGGCCCAGUGCAGUCAGAUUCCCCCCCGCCCCCACCUUGUGUUUUUAUAUAUAUAUAUAUAUAUACACACACAGUGAGGGGAAAAAACUAUUUGAUCCCCUGCUGAUUUUGUACGUUUGCCCACUGACAAAGAAAUGAUCAGUCUAUAAUUUUAAUGGUAGGUUUAUUUGAACUGUGAGAGACAGAAUAACAACAAAAAAAUCCAAAAAAACGCAUGUCAAAAAUGUUAUAAAUUGAUUUGCAUUUUAAUGAGGGAAAUAAGUAUUUGACCCCCUCUCAAUCAGAAAGAUUUCUGGCUCCCAGGUGUCUUUUAUACAGGUAACGAGCUGAGAUUAGGAGCACACUCUUAAAGGGAGUGCUCCUAAUUUCAGUUUGUUGCCUGUAUAAAAGACACCUGUCCACAAAAGCAAUCAAUCAAUCAGAUUCCAAACUCUCCACCAUGGCCAAGACCAAAGAGCUCUCCAAGGAUGUCAGGGACAAGAUUGUAGACCAACACAAGGCUGGAAUGGGCUACAAGACCAUCGCCAAGCAGCUUGGUGAGAAGGUGACAACAGUUGGUGCGAUUAUUUGCAAAUGGAAGAAACACAAAAUAACUGUCAAUCUCCCUCAGCCUGGGGCUCCAUGCAAGAUCUCACCUUGUGGAGUUGCAAUGAUCAUGAGAACGGUAAGGAAUCAGCCCAGAACUACAUGGGAGGAUCUUGUCAAUGAUCUCAAGGCAGCUGGGACCAUAGUCACCAAGAAAACAAUUGUUAACACACUAUGCCGUGAAGGACUGAAAUCCUGCAGCGCCCGCAAGGUCCCCCUGCUCAAGAAAGCACAUAUACAGGCCCGUCUAUAGUUUGCCAAUGAACAUCUGAAUGAUUCAGAGGAGAACUGGGUGAAAGUGUUGUGGUCAGAUGAGACCAAAAUGGAGCUCUUUGGCAUCAACUCAACUCGCCGUGUUUGGAGGAGGAGGAAUGCUGCCUAUGACUCCAAGAACACCAUCCCCACCGUCAAACAUGGCGAAACAUUAAUCUUUGGGGGUGUUUUUCUGCUAAGGGGACAGGACAACUUCACCGCAUCAAAGGGACGAUGGACGGGGCCAUGUACCGUCAAAUCUUGGGUGAGAACCUCCUUCCCUCAGCCAGGGCAUUGAAAUGGGUCAUGGAUGGGUAUUCCAGCAUGACAAUGACCCAAAACACACGGCCAAGGAAAUAAAGGAGUGGCUCAAGAAGAAGCACAUUAAGGUCCUGGAGUGGCCUAGCCAGUCUCCAGCCCUUAAUCCCAUAGAACAUCUGUGGAGGGAGCUGAAGUUUCGAGUUGCCAAACGUCAGCCUCGAAACCUUAAUGACUUGGAGAAGAUCUGCAAAGAGGAGUGGGACAAAAUCCCUCCUGAGAUGUGUGCCAACCUGGUGGCCAACUACAACAAACGUCUGACCUCUGUGAUUGCCAACAAGGGUUUUGCCACCAAGUCAUGUUUUGCAGAGGUGUCCAAUACUUAUUUCCUUCAUUUAAAUGCAAAUCAAUUGAUAACAUUUUUGACAUGCAUUUUCCUGGAUUUUUUUGUUGUUAUUCUGUCUAUCACUGUUCAAAUAAACAUACCAUUAAAAUGAUAGACUGAUCAUGUCUUUGUCAGUGGGCAAACGUACAAAAUCAGCAUGGGAUCAAACACUUUUUUCCCUCACUAUAUAUAGCUCUACACUAUGAGGUUGGAAUAAUACUGUGAAAAUGCUGAUAAUGCCGUUUUAGUGUAAAAGCUGUUUGCCUGAAAUUUCUGCCUGUUUUGGUGGGUGUCUGCCUGCCCGGUGACGACAUCAGACGGUAAAUUAGUUAAUAGAACAAUAAGAGAGUUCCAUACCUCUCUGCCAAUAACAGCUAGUUUUCAGUUUUCCCCUCCCCAUUUAGAGCAAUCCCAGACAGUCAUAGCAAAAUGCUUGCUUGAGAAAUUACUCUUUGCUAAGAAGCAAUUUUUGUUUCUUUUUGGCCAUUUUGAUUGUUUUCAAUCACAGUAAGGUACUUAAUUAUUUGAUAUUGGGAUAAAAACGGCUGCGUUGGACCUUUUUUAAAUAUGCUAGAUGUCAAAUAAGAUGUAGAAGUUGUUGACCACACAUUGUUGCCAUGACUAGACUUAACUGCUGCAGACUAGUCUCUUAACUAAGGCUCUGUGUUCUGUCACUGUGUCUGCUCUAGGACCCCAUCCUGCGCCGCUCCGGAAUGUACACAGUGGGCAUGGCCUACUGCGGCUCUGGGAACAACAAGGCCAUCAGACGUCUGCUACAUGUG